UGUCGAUUUCAUCGACUGUUCGAUCGUUCGGUUGUCCGAUCGUAAGUUUAUUAAAUUGACAAAGUACAAGAAAAGACGAGUUUAAAUGUAAAUAUCAGGCAAUGAGUCAAGAAAAGAUAGCAAUUCAACAUUUUUAGGCUUCAAUCCGUUCCGUUGCUCAGUGAUUAAUAAUCCAAUUUUUGAAAAUAAGCGUUCACACGGUACUGAAGGGGCUUGCAUAGUUAGAUAUUUCAAUGCUAGAUUGCGUGAUUUCAGAAAAUGUUAGAUCUUCUGAUCUUUAAAUCGUCGAAAUCAAAAAAUUAAACAACUAUUGCCUUUUGAUUAAUCAAAGGAUUCUAAAGUAGCCAUUCCUGGUUAAAUCGAUCUCUUCAUUUUUUUGAUCGAUCUGAAACAGAGGAGCCGAUUGUCGAUUUAAAUCGAUUUACGAUUGAUCAUAACCCAACACUAGUUUCUGUAAAUCGUCGACUCUUUUCAUAUCUUUCUCUUUGACUUUCACCCUCAUAAACUGUUCUUAACUUGAAAUAUUAUUUAUAGAAUAGUGCCAUUGCAUUUAAAGUGUAUUCGAAGUGUAUUUGACUUUUUUUACCAAUAGUUUACUUCAUUUUUGUCCAAUUAUAUGUCCAACAGUUGAAUUUACAAUGUUAAUCAGUGAACUUCCAGAGGAAUGUUUACUCAUCAUUUUUGGUUUCAUAAAUGAAUUGGAUGAUUUAGUAAACUGCUAUAAAAUAUGCAGUCAAUGGAGUCGUUUGAUUUUAGAGCGAACUAGAAAAGUUAAAUAUUUGUUUGAACAUUCUGGUCCGUGGAAUAAGAAUGUACCGCCAAGUUAUCCAUCUGAUUAUGUUUAUUAUUCAAUAGAUGGGCCUAUGGAUGUAACUUUUUUGAGCACAUUAUUUCCUGAUUUGCAGAUUGUCGACUUCUCUUCCGGCUUUUGUGAAGAAUCAAAUCCUGAAGAUAUCGUAACAUGGGUCAAAAAGAUGAAAUCAUUAAAAGGAUUAAAGCAUUACUCUUAUCCUAGUGAAGAAGCAAUUUUCCAAUAUUGUGGUCAACUUGAAAUGGUAUCCACCGAUUUCAUCGAGACAUGCACAAAUAAGAAUAGUGUAAAUAUUAAACAAUUGUGCCUUGUUCAUGAUACCUUUGGAUCAUUUAGACCAAAUGCACAUUAUUUUCCAAAUCUCGAAAGAUUAUCGCUGAAUACAGAAGAAGGCCCAAGAAGCUACUACGAUGGCCCCAUAUUCGAACGACUUAAAAUGGUUGAAUUUUUCACAAUGGAUUGCACCUGGCUUAAACAUUACGAUGAUCCACACUUUUAUGGUUUCCAGUUCAUGGAUUCAUGUCCAAACUUACAGAGUGCUCAUAUUUUCUUGGACUAUAAUCGCUUUUUUGUUGAUGAAACAUUAAAACACGAAUCUUUGCAAGAUUUAGUCAUAGAAUUUUAUGAGCAAUACUAUACAGAUAGUAUCAACUGGGAUGAAUUUAAAAGAUUGUUCAUGAAAUAUCCAAAUCUUAAACAUCUCGCACUGAGGAGUUGGAAUAGGCUGACCAAUGAACAUGUUGAGCAGUUGGUUACCAUUUUACCCAAUUUAGUGUUAUUCGAUGUUAGUGGUUGUCCAAAAGUCACUCGAAAGGCUGCUGUUAAUAUUCAAAAUUAUAAUAGACUAUAUAAACGGACCAUAAAAUUUUAUUUUGAUGGGAAUCACCGUAAAAUUAAAUCAGAUUGGCCUCAUUUAUCAUCUAGACGUGAAAUAAUCAGUCAAGGUUUUGAUUUCAUGAAACAUUGUUUUCUUAAAGAUUUCUAUGAUCUUCCUACUUUCUUGAUUCCCAGUGAGGACUAAAUAAUUAAAUUCAACCAUUUAUCUAUAGAUAUAUUCAAUACACAAUAUUUAUUCACAAUAUGUAUCAAGAAUAUAACUCGAAACAGAAUUAAAUAUAAAAUAAUAGGUCAAGGUUUCGAUUUCAUGAAACAUUGCUUUCUUGUGAGCUCUCCUAUUUUCUCAAUCUCUAGUGAAGAUUGAAUCACCGAUUCACACAAUUUCAAUUCAAUCUAUCGCUUUUGUCAAAUCGGAAUUUUAAUUUUCAAUAAAAAUUUGUUUAAAAUCUAA